CGUGGUGGACUAACGUGCAACUCACCCCCCGCGGAUAUAUCAUCAUACCGGGAUGGCGCGAAUGCUACAUAGACAAAAUUGACAAGGAUUUUCCAUGAGGCUGUGCCUGAAAAGAACCAUUGAAAACAUAAGGAAUUGGAUGGAGUCGCUAUGAGUGGGUGGUCUGUCUGGAGCUGGUCCUUCCUGCUCCUGCCUGCCGUUCGAGGUGUGGGUCUGGACCUGCAGGGUCCGAGUUUCCUGAUAGAACCUCCGUAUAGGCUGGAGUUCUCUAACAGUUCUGGUGGACGUCUGGACUGCGCGGCCACGGGGAGUCCACAGCCUCACAUGGAGUGGACAUUGGGUGAUGGGUCGCCGGUGAGUCCUAUCCCUGAGCUGCGUCUAGUCUACCCCAACGGUUCCCUGGUGUUCCCCGCAUUCUCUGCAGACAGAUACCGCCACGAUGUUCACACCGCCACAUACCGCUGCAGAGCUAGGAACCAAGUAGGCCAGAUACUUAGCAGGGAUGUGCGAGUCAGAGCUGUGGUGAAGCAGAAGUACGACGUGCAAGUGUACGACGAGUACGUGAUCAGCGGCAACACAGCAGUACUGAGGUGUCAGGUGCCUAGCUACGUGUUGGAGUACAUCAUGGUCACGUCGUGGGUCCAGGACGGCAUCAUCAACAUCUACCCCAACACCGACACUGGAGGAAAGUAUGCAGUUCUGAGCAAUGGAGAUCUAUACAUCUACAACGCUGGGCCCAGUGAUGGGUACAAGAGUUACUCCUGCAGAACCGUACACAAGCUGACAGGAGAUGUUCAUGCAAGUGCUUAUCCUGGAAGGAUCAUCAUCACAGAGCCAAAGGGGAACGUUCAGCCAAGGAUAACUGUUGAAAAACACAGCAGGAAGAUUGCCAAGAUAGGAGAUGACGUUACAUUGGCUUGCGUCGCUCAGGGGUUCCCAGUGCCUACUUACAGAUGGUUCCGGGAGGAGCGAGAACAGUUGUCCCCUGUACCACUGGGGGACCGAGUGUCACUGUUGGCUGCGGGACUACUGAGGAUAUCCAAGGUGCGGCUGGAUGACCGCGGCAAGUAUCUUUGUUGGGUCAACAACUCUGCAGGAGAAGAAACCGUACAGGUCACGCUCACUGUUACAGCUCCCCUGACAGCUCAUAUCCAGCCCCAGUCGCAAGUAGUGGAUGUAGGCAAGCCAGCAGAGUUCCAGUGUAUCUCCGGGGGUUCUCCAGUGUCUAGGGUUGCAUGGUACAGAGACGGCCGGCCUCUAGCUACAGACGGCCGCGUGCAGGUUCUGACAGGUCCACCACCACUGGGAGAGAGACUGGUGGUGUCAACACUAACAAAGGAGGACCAUGGGAUGUACCAGUGCCUUGUCAGCAAUGACUGGGACAUGGCACAAGCUACGGCUGAACUUCAUCUGGGAGAUGCCAGUCCAGAGCUGGUGUACUGGUUCUCUGAACAGACUCUGCAGCCUGGGCCUGCUGUAUCUCUCAAGUGUGUGGCCACUGGCAAUCCUCCGCCUCAGUUUGUCUGGACUCUGGAUGGGUUUCCUAUCCCUGAAAACAGCAGGUACCUUGUAGGCCAGUACGUGACCAUACAUGAUGACGUGAUCAGUCACGUAAACAUCUCCCAUCUCAAACAGGAAGACGGAGGAGAGUACACUUGCACAGCCCGCAACAGUGUCGCUUCAGUGUCCCACAGUGCCAAGAUUAACGUUUAUGGUUUGCCAUACAUCCGGGAGAUGCCAAAGAUAACAGCCGUGGCUGGAAGUGACUUGAUCAUCAAAUGUCCAGUAGCAGGAUACCCCAUAGAGUCAAUCAGUUGGGAGCAAGAUGGCAACGUGCUGCCAGUCAACAGACGUCAGAGAGUGUAUGCCAAUGGUACUUUAGUGGUAGAGCAGGCCCAGAGACAUACAGACGCAGGCACUUACACCUGUCAGGCGAUGAACAGGCAACGCAAUUCCGCUCGCCGGGACGUGGAAGUGCAAGUGAUCGUGCCUCCAAAGAUCAUGCCUAUCCAGGCGAUGACGAACCUCCUCCGGGAAGGUAUGAGAGCCGCAAUAUCCUGCCAAAUCCUGGAAGGGGAUCUCCCCAUCACCUUCCGAUGGGAUCGUGACGGAGGCGCUCGGGAACUUGGGUCUGGCGCGAGCACGAGGAGAGUGGAUGAGUACUCAAGCUCCCUAGUGAUUGAGAGGGUCACGGCAGCACACACAGGAAACUACACCUGUAUAGCCUCCAAUGUGGCCGGCACGGAGAAGUUUACUGUACCUGUCACUGUUAAUGUGCCACCCCAUUGGACGGUGGAGCCAACAGAUGCUAACGUAGCGUCAGGCCAAGACGUGAUGUUACACUGCCAGGCUGACGGAUACCCACUUCCGACCAUACACUGGAAGAAGGCCGUAGGAGAACAUCCAGGAGAGUACAAAGACAUUCACUACAACUACGGAAGUGUGAACAUCAACUAUUACAGCAACGGAUCUUUGGAGUUUCAGAAAAUAAACAAAGACAGUGAAGGCCAUUACUUGUGUGAAGCUAAGAAUGAGAUUGGCACUGGAGUUAGCAAAGUCAUAUUUCUAAAAGUUAAUGCUCCAGCUAAUUUUCUCCAAAAGUCAAAACAGGUGCAAGUUGAAAAAGGUGAUCAAGCCCAUCUACAAUGCACAGUUCAGGGGGACAACCCUCUGGAGAUCAUUUGGAAAUCAGGAGGUCAACGGCUGUCUGAAGAUCUUGACUCGAGAUACUCAAUCCGGGAGCAGGUUUUGGAUGAUGGUUUCAUGUCAGAGCUCGGGAUCGCUCAAGCUUACCGUCACGACACAGGUGUUCUCACAUGUCUGGCUAGCAAUGCUUACGGUCAAGACGAGAUGACUAUCCAGCUAAUUGUGCAAGAAGUCCCUGAAAUGCCUAAGAACAUCCGAGUGAAUGAUCAGCACAGCAGAUCCCUGCAGUUGUCCUGGACACAUCCCUACGCUGGCAACAGUCCCAUCACCAGCUACAUAGUGCAGUACAAACUUGUCUCUGACAUGUGGCCAGUUCAGCCAGCCAAGGUGGUAGUCCCGGGAUCUCAGACAUCUGCUACUGUACAGAACCUCGCUCCUGCGCAGUCCUACCACUUCCGCAUCCUCGCUGAGAACCGUCUGGGCACCAGCGACCCUAGCGAGGUCAUCCAGGUUACCACCCAGGAGGAAGUGCCUAGUGGACCACCCCAUGACGUUCGUGCAAAGGCUAAGAGCUCCACGGAGAUUCUUUUGACAUGGAGUCCGCCAGACAGGGAAUUAUGGAACGGCAAUCUGCUGGGGUACUACGUAAGCUACGCGGAGGUGGCAGAGUCUACUACUACUGGUACUACAAACCCCACGACCACGGCUACUCAGGCAGCUGCUAACGUAAAGUCUGUGGAGGUAGGAGCCCAGUACGGAGGUGAGACUACACUGCAAGGUCUGAGUAUGUACACCACGUACAGCAUCACAGUACAAUCCUACAACAGUCGUGGUGCUGGUCCUGCUAGUUUACCUGUCACUGUCAGGACCCUGGAGGGAGUGCCGACUCUACCACCAGAGGGCGUGUCUUGUUCCGCACUGACGUCCCAGAGUCUGCAGGUUUGGUGGGAGCCUCCUCCACCAGAGGGGAGGAACGGGAUGGUCCAAGGAUACAAAGUCUCGUAUCAACCUGCAGAAGACUGGUAUGAGAAGAACGACAUGGAGACGAAGGUUACUAAUGCAUUGAGGACAACACUGCUGGGACUUCACAAGUACACCAACUACAGUGUGUCUGUGUUGACUUUUACGCAGAGUGGAGACGGAGUGCGCAGCACACCUGUAUACUGCAGAACUGAGGAAGACGUUCCAUCACCCCCAGCUGACAUCAAGGUAGCCAUGAGUUCUGUCAACAAGAUUGUGGUGUCGUGGCUUCCGCCGGACUUUAGGAACGGAGAACUCGUAGCUUACACCUUCUACAUGGGCAUUGUAGAGGAUGGGAAAGAGGAGGGGACUCACAAGCGUAUCCUCAGCCCAACCAGUGAGAUCCACGAGACAGUGAGACUGCAAGAGAGUGCCACAUAUCAGUUCUGGGUGACAGCCUCUACCAAGGUCGGGGAGGGUGAUAGUACCAGGGUCGUCACCAUCUCUCCUUCCACCAAGGUGCCAGCACGAAUCAUAUCAUUCAGUAGACAGAUCAUUACGCCAUGGAAGCAGAAUUUGACACUCGAAUGUAAAAAAGUUGGAUCUCCCCCUCCUACUUCAAUGUGGAAACUGCAUGGAAAAGUUCUUCAGACCAAUGGAAGAUACCAGGUAAGCAAGGAAGGUACCCUGCACAUUCGGGACAUACAACAUGGCGAUAGUGGCAACUACACGUGUCAUGUUGACAACACUCAUGGCAAAGAUGACAUCGUCUACACCGUACAUGUUAGAGUUCCCCCCGACCCCCCUGUGUUGAGUGUGGUGAGUUCAGAAGUUGACAGUCUUCAUCUCAAGUGGACCGACAAAGUGCAGAGGGACAUUCCUAUCUUAGGUUAUGUGAUCAACUACAAAAGGGACCACGGAGACUGGGAAGAGAUUCACAUAGAGUCCAAGGCCGACUCUCAUAUCUUGACCAACCUGUGGUGUGGAACAAGGUAUCAACUGUACAUCACUGCCUACAACAAGAUAGGGACUGGGCUGCCAUGUGAUAUUGUCAACACCUUCACUAAGGGAACAGCACCGGUGAUGCCCAAGGCAUCGCAGCUACUGACAGUCAACUCCACGGCAGUUACCGUGUGGCUAGACGCGUGGGGAGACGGAGGCUGUCCUAUCCUCUACUUCAUCGUAGAGUAUCGGGAAGAAGCCAGGGCAGACUGGACCUUGGUGUCCAACCACGUCCAGCCCACGGAGAGAGUUCACAGCAUCGGCAGUCUGGCGCCUGCUACCCGCUACUACCUCAAGGUGACGGCACACAACAACGCGGGGUCGAAGGUCGCCACUUACAACUUCACCACACUCACGCCUGAUGGAGCCACUAUCAUGCCAGAGCUGCUAAGCCCAGUGUCAUCCAACAAUGGUGCUCAUCUUUACACCAACCUCAAGAUUGUGGCUUGUGUCUUCCUACUUCUGGCCAUCCUCUCCUUGACUGCCUCAGCUGGCUUCUACUUCAGGAAAAGAAGACUGGACAAGAACAACCUGGCAGAGUCUGCGUCUGUGGCUCAAAUGCAGAAUCAACAGAACAGAGACCAGCAAUACGCAGUACACGGCGGACAGAGCGGCCAACUGUCACUGGACUCUGCCACAUACAAGACUGACUCAACAGGUACGGAGUACAUCGAGGACAUUUGUCCAUACGCAACAUUCCAGUUGUCCAAACAGCCUUACAGUGAGAGCACGUACAGUGGCAAUGUCUACAGUGGACCGUACCACUCUGUCAGAGGAUCGUUUGUCUACCACGAGCCCAAGACUACCACUGCCGACACCUACAAGCCUAAAUAUCAAAAGGAACCAGAGUACACUAAAGUAAGGAGAAAAGGAGGAAGACUGAGAGAUCCACACUCCGAGAGUCAAGAAUCAGACAACCUGGGCAGCACAGACUCUGAGGUGAAGAAGAUUCUAACGCUGCACCUGCCUAUUUCAGAGUACGAUACCCUCGGCUCAGACAGUGAGGGGGACACGGGACGACACAACUCUGCUAGUCAGGAGCUCGUGUCCUUCAGGCAUCGUAUGCCUCGAGAUGUGGGCAAGGGGGAUGAGGAGACAAGCUCUUCCUCAGAGACGUCGCCCAAUGGUGCAAGAAAGGCGUUGCCGCCCUCUCGCAAGUCCAAAGGCAAACAACAGCUGUUGGGCAAACGACCUGUGAAGAGCAGCAGUGGCUACUCGUCUCACACUGAGGAGACAACAUUCAGCACCGCAGACAUCCUGACGCCCCGCAGCGUUUGUUCCAGUUUCUCCGAGCGUAUCCAGCCUCCUUCGCGGUUCUCAGACUCUCGUUCGCACUCUAGAGAGUUGAGUGAAGCCGAGUGUGACAUGAAGAUGGGUCGAAGGUCGUCCAGGGGAAGUAUCGGGUCUAACCCUUCUCGGCUCACUAGAGAAACAAGCUUCCAGAUAGAUGUAUAGCCGCACCCCCUCUCCAGCCUAAGUAGUGGCUGGAAGAUAUGAUCUGCGUUGGUGGAUGAUGAAGCGAACAACUUGCUACUUGAAGUAGCAAACACGAGGGUUGGAGAGCUUACCUUUGUUAGAUGUUGCAACUUUGGUUCUGAAACUGUCUUUCUGUCCGGUUUCAACAUUUUAAAUAGUGUCUGUGGUGAUAUAUAAUGCAAUUUCAUGUUUCCACCUGGGCAGUAAGAUAAUCUGUGACUAAAUUCAAGAAAUUGAAUUGAAUGAGUAAAGAUAACUUUGCACAAUUUCCACAAGUGCCAUUUUGAAGCGAGUCUCAACAGUUCAAUUUCUGAAACAUUAUCUUAAGAGUCCAUUUUAUAUAGCAAGAUUUCAGACCCAAAGUUGCAACUUUAAAUAGGGGUAUUAAGUUUCACCUUACCAAACUAUACGCAGAUCUUGGUACAAAGAGUACCCCAACUACAAGACAUGAUUCAGUGCUUACCAGUGGAUUUAAGGUAAUAAACAUGUUUACUUUUAAAAGACUGCCCUACAGGGAACUUAGGAUAACCAAAAUGUUACCAAUGUUAGAUUUAAGAUUUAAGUGUCUCAUUUUUCUUUGAGACUGAUGACUGUGGCAAUAAGCAAUGCCACGAUCGAUUUUAAUCACUCUUCGGGUACUUUGUAAAAACCGAGUUCGUUAUUUUUAUAAAUAAUCAGGUUAACAAAAAUACUGCCUUCAGUUAGUAUAGAUUGUAAUUUUUAUAAUUUAUUACUAAGUGUGUUUUGUAAUGUGCCAAAUAAUGAAACCCAAUACUGCUAGUUCUUCAAACCUUUCAGAUCUUGAUAUCGAUGUUUUAUUACAAAAUUAUUCUAAACCCAACAUCAAAGUUCUUCCAAACAUUUUUUAUAAUAAAUUAUUAAUGUAUCUUCUUCCAAUAUUUUGUUUAUAUAAUACGGUUUUAUAAUUUGUAUACAUUCUAACAUGAUAUCGAAAUGUAAUAAACUAAAAAAAAAAUAUUUGCAUUUUGUAAUAUAUUAAAUAAUUACAGAUAGUUACCAAAUCUUAGGUUGUAAAUAGUGGCAUACCCCUGGUGUGCUUACAUAUCAAAGGAUGUUUUAUCUAUAAGUGUCUCGGAGGAAUGUUAUACUACUUGUUACGAUGGAAUAUUGAACGCUACAUUGCCGGAAUUAUCACAAUUUAUUCUCUGGCAAACUACACAGUUUCUCCUCGUCCUAGCUUUAUUUACAGAUGUUAAAGAAGUGUGUUAUAGGGGUUUAGCUCCAUUUUCUUAAAAGCGGUUAGUAAUUUGAUUUCUCCAUAUUGGGGUUUCUUUACCCCAAUAGUUUUGUUUUAACUUUAACUUUAAACGUUUGUAAAUCUUAAAAACAAUCAUCACCAUAGGCACAACUACACAUACCAGCUCUACAGUAUUUUUUCCGUUACUUAAAUGGAGCUAGUCACCUAAACCACGACUUCUUGCAGUGUUUAUUUGUCAGUUGUAACCAGCAAAUGCCGUAAAUGUAGACUAUUUGAUGUUACCGUUGACCAUAUUACUAUUUGUAAGGAUUGUUAAAGGGUCGAGUGCGACUGCACUUUGGUUAGAGCUCCAUGAUGAAACUAGUACCUAAAAAUGACUGUAAGUUUUGUUAAUAUUAAUAAAGAAUAUGUUUAGUUAAA